CCAGCAGACCGGCCCACCGAUCAGCGCCCAGAUCGACUCCCAGCUCUCUCACAGACCGGCACCGGAUCUCCGACGUUGCCCAGAUCGACCGGGUUUCUCGACGACCCACCCGCCUAGCUCUGUCGGACCCAGCUCUCUCACAGACCAGGAGCGGCGACCACCGUAUUCUCUCUCUACGAUAGGGGCGUGUUGGAGAUUAUGGAGGAAGAGUUUUCAGGACCUCCAAUGAAUGUGGUGGUUGAGUUGCUUCUAGGAUUAGUCUUCUAUGUGUGGGCGGCGCUUUCCGUGCCGGGGAAGUUUCUUUCCGUACAUCCCCAUUCCGAAGAGAAUAGGAUAGUGUCUUUACCAGCCAAUUUAGACUUCAUGAUUUUCAACCAUCGAGGCAAAGUAUUUCCUUUGGAAAUGGAUUUGAAGCUCAAACAUCGACUUCAUUUCUAUCAAGUAAAAAGGAUCUCCUUUGGGCUUACUUGAAGAGAGAGUCAUUUUCCUGUCUCUUUAAAACUUGGCCUAUCAGUAUAGAUGAUGCCAUUGUAUCAUCUCUUUACCUUCACAACUUAUUGCAAAAAUUCUUCUCAAUUGGCUACCUUGGCGUGCUAGUUCAAACUUGGGAAUAUAUUUUUCUUUUAUAUAAUCUCAAUGGUAUUUUUUU